AUGGCAGACGAGAUAGCUAAAGCUCAGGUUGCUACUCCUGGUGGCGACACGAUUUUUGGCAAGAUUGUGCGCAAGGAAAUAUCGUGCGAGUUUAUCUAUGAAGAUGAUCAGUGUGUAGCUUUUCAUGACUUGGCAGCGCAGGCACCCGUGCAUUUCCUCGUCAUUCCCCGGAAACCUGUGGUAGGGCUAUCCAGGGCAGAUGAUGCUGAUGAGCAGAUGAUGGGACACUUGCUUAACGUUGCUCGCAAGGUUGCUAAGCAGGAAGGCCUGCAGGACAACGGCUACAGGGUUGUUAUCAACGACGGUAGUCAUGGUGGCCAGUCCGUCUACCAUCUACAUGUUCAUGUCCUUGGAGGACGCCAGAUGGGCUGGCCUCCCGGCUAAGAUCCUCCCUCUUCGAUAGCUUAAAACUUGCGAUGGCCCUUCCAGGAAAAUUACAUACUAGUGUGGAGCAGUCUGGUUAGUUACCCAGGUUACAGCAAUAGACGUCAAAACAUGUGAUAUCUAUAUAUAUUUGAUAAUGCCUUUCGACUAAAAAACGUGACGACAUUGAUUUCUUACCAUCUAGUUUGUUAGAAUUCAGUCAAGUAAAAUAAUUGUUUUAGUGUUUGGGGGAAAUUUUUGGUGAAAGCAGUGUGUUUUCUGAGCUAGCUAAGAUAGGGAGCCACAUGAUGGUCGAGGAUCCUUAUAGGUUAGGGACAUUUCUCAUAGCUCUCAGCUCCUUUACUCGUUCCACACCUCGCCACCAGAUGUAAAAACUCAAUAAAUAAUAAUAAAUAAUAAAUUUAUUUAAAGCAAUACCGUGCGUGCAUAUUUGCAAAUUAAUUAAUCUAAUUGCGCUUCAAUAAACUCAAUAUUCACAGAGAUUAUAGCAAAGACAUGGUGUCGAUAUGAAUUUUGAGUUUUAUUAUCUUAUUAUUUAUUAUUAUUCAUUGAGUUUUUAAAUCUGGUGGCGAGAUGUGGAACGAGUAAAGGAGCUGAGAGUUAUGAAAAAUAUCCCUAACCAAAAGAGCCAUAUCAGAAAGUCCCCGCCGCCAUAUUGAGAUCAGAUAAGAGGGGGCCGGUAUAAGUUGAGGGGGUAUAACAUGGGUAGGAUAAGACUAUUCUAGGUUUUGAUCUAUAAUUCUCUUCACUAACAUCGAACUUCAAUUCACAU